CUCUCACUGCAGUGACGAAGAGAUUAGCUAAUUACCUCACUCCUUAGCGCGCACUGCCAGUUCCUCCUCGUCCGCGGCGCAAACCAACUGCCAUAAACUGAAAACAAGACAUAAGAAGCAUCUCAUUCAAUCUUAGGGUUAGGGUUAUCCCUAAUCCGGAUACCGUAAACCCGUUCUUGGUCUUAGAGCCGAAGAGAAACAACCAAGAUGGGCUCGAAUUCGCUAUCUUCAGAUUCAAUCACCGAUCUCGAUGAGCAGAUCUCGCAGCUCAUAAAGUGCAAACCAAUCUCCGAGCCCCAGGUCAGAGCAUUAUGUGACAAGGCUAAGGAGAUACUGAUGCAAGAAAGCAGUGUUCAGCCUGUGAAAAGCCCUGUGACAAUCUGUGGCGAUAUUCAUGGGCAGUUUCAUGAUCUUGCAGAACUUUUUCGAAUUGGAGGGAAGUGUCCAGAUACCAAUUACUUAUUUAUGGGAGAUUAUGUGGAUCGGGGCUAUUACUCUGUUGAAACUGUGACGCUCUUAGUGGCGCUUAAAGUACGUUAUCCACAGCGAAUAACCAUUCUUAGAGGAAACCAUGAAAGUCGCCAAAUUACUCAGGUUUAUGGGUUUUAUGAUGAAUGUUUACGAAAGUAUGGCAAUGCUAACGUUUGGAAGAUCUUCACAGACCUUUUUGACUGUUUUCCAUUGACUGCCUUGGUUGAGUCAGAAAUAUUUUGUCUGCAUGGUGGAUUGUCCCCAUCAAUUGAAACCCUCGAUGGCAUAAGAAACUUUGAUCGUGUUCAAGAGGUUCCUCAUGAAGGGGCCAUGUGUGAUCUCUUAUGGUCUGAUCCAGAUGACCGAUGUGGCUGGGGUAUAUCACCUCGAGGUGCCGGAUAUACUUUUGGUCAGGAUAUAUCUGAACAAUUUAAUCAUACAAACAACUUGAAGUUGAUUGCUAGAGCACAUCAGCUUGUUAUGGAUGGAUUUAACUGGGCACAUGAACAAAAGGUGGUUACCAUAUUUAGUGCUCCUAAUUAUUGUUACCGCUGCGGAAACAUGGCAUCUAUAUUGGAAGUUGAUGAUUACAAGGCUCACACUUUCAUCCAAUUUGAGCCAGCUCCUAGGAGGGGAGAGCCUGAUGUUACCCGUAGAACACCUGAUUACUUCCUCUAAAUCAGCCUUCUGUUGCACCAUUAUGACCUACUUAACUGCCACUUCAUCCCUACUUCAAGCUCAGGUGGUUGAGCAUCCUUGUUGCAAGAGAAUGAUAUCUAUUGAGUUUAGUAUCUAUAGAACUUUCUUGGCAUGCUUUACUGGUGGCUAUGGGAGCCCAAAAGCAUGUAUAGUAGUGCCAGAUUCUGUGCUUUUUAGCUGUGUCUUGUACUUGAAACCUCGCUGGAUAUGCUCAUGGCAGACCAUCAGCGUUAGAUUGUACCUUCUUUUCACUUUUGUCCCAUCCUUUUGGGGCCUGUAGGGGGAUAAAUGUAUCCGAUAUCUAGUGGAUGCUUUUACUCUUUUUUCACCGUGUAAUUUUCAACGGAGUUGUUUAGAA